GCAUGUAUAUGGGGGAGCAAACGAUGACAGAGACACGACAAGUCGGAGGUCCGCGCGGUUUUUUUGGAUCGGCGCUGGAGCCCCCUGGCUCCCCCUCCUCCUCGAGCCCCGGGGCGUCCGAGAUGGCGGCCGCCGCGCCCCCGGCCGCCGCCGCCGACGCCGGGGCGGCCGACGAGGCCGCCUGUAUCGGCGACCUGCUGCGGUCCCUGGAGGAGGGCUUGCGCUGCCGCGUCUGCCGCCGGCAGCGGGCGCUGAGCCGCCUCCGCAUGGAGGCCAGCGUGGAGCGCUCGCGGCAGGCCCUGGAGGCCGAGCUCCGCGGCGCCCGGGGCCCCGUGGGCCCCGGCGAGCGGCGGCAGCUGGAGGAGCAGCUGGCGGACGCCACGCGCGUGCUCGCGGAGCUCCAGCGGUGCGGCGCGCCUCGAGGGCUGGGGACGAGGCCAUCCGCUCCAUGGGCCACUUCCCGCGCUCCAGCAAGGCGUGGGGGGCGCCCCGCUCGCUGCUGGUGGUGCGCGGCGAGGGGGGCUUCCGCAUGAGGCACGGGAAGGUCAUGUUCGACCGGGUGGUCCCGCUCGGCGAGCUCCCCCAGCCCGCCUGGCGGCCCUCGGGCGAGCUGCCACCCGGCGCGCCCGCGAGCGCCUGGAGGCCGUGAUCCGGGGGCGCGCCCGCGGCGAUGAGCUCGAUGACGGCGACGGCGACGACGGCGACGACGUCG